CUCGCGCGCCGCGUCCCUUCCUCUCGAGCCUUUUGUGUUUGAAACUCUCAUAUCUUACAUAUCAAUAAUUCAAGCGCGCGCGAGAGAGAGCAGACUGAGCUCCCCCCCGCGCACUAUGAGUUCUGCUGCUUCCUCACUCGACCAGGGCCCCUCCGUACCGCGCGCGACUCCCGUUUAUUGUGUUUCCAAGUGACAGAAAAGCUGCUGAGAAGUGAGGAAAGAGGAAAAGAACAGGUGAAAACUGAGACCGGAGAUACGGGGUUGAUAAACUGAUUUUUGGGGGGGAAAAAGGAGGAGAAAAGCCUAAAAAUAACCGUCUGGUUUCCCCUCAAAAGACUCUGCGAGGGAGAAACUGUUUGCUGUAGGCUCAUUAAAUCCAAGAAAACGGAGUGGCAUCUAAUUGUAAAACAACAGUUCUUAAGGUUCAUCGGGGGAACACCGGGAAACUCUUCCUUCCUUACUUUUUUUAAAGGGGAAUAGACCCACGGUUUAAGGUGUGAAGACGACCGAAGAAGUUCAUCGUUCUGGUCCGGUAUGUUGGCGUUUUGCCUGCUCAGUGCCGUGUGGCUCGCGGCGAGCCCGUCCCGCGCACAGAACGAGACGGAACCAAUCGUUCUGGAGGGGAAGUGCCUCGUGGUGUGCGACUCCAACCCGACCUCGGACCCCACGGGCACGGCGCUCGGGAUCUCGGUGCGCUCGGGCAGCGCCAAGGUGGCGUUCUCCGCAGUCCGGAACACCAACCACGAGCCCUCCGAGAUGAGCAACCGGACUAUGGUCAUCUACUUUGAUCGGGUUCUAGUAAACGUUGGGAAGAAUUUUGACGAGGAGAGAAGUAAUUUCAUCGCGCCGCGCAAAGGGAUUUACAGUUUUAACUUCCACGUAGUGAAAGUCUACAACCGCCAAACCAUACAGGUGAGCUUGAUGCACAACGGCUGGCCGGUGAUUUCGGCAUUUGCCGGUGACCAGGACGUGACACGCGAGGCGGCCAGCAAUGGUGUCCUGAUUCAAAUGGAGAAGGGAGACCGGGCCUACCUCAAACUGGAGAGAGGAAACCUAAUGGGAGGAUGGAAAUACUCCACCUUCUCCGGCUUCCUGGUGUUCCCCAUGUAGAGAAAAGAGCAAGAGGAAGAGGAGGAGGAGCAGGGGAUGGAAACGAAAGAGGAGGAGCUGCUGAAAGAUGGAAAGUACAAUGAAGAGGUGAAAAGGCAGAUGGAGGGGGCGGAGGGCCAUGGGGAAGAGAAAACGGUGCGAAUAAGACGGUGGAAGAGGCGGAGAAGAAGAAAAACGAAGAGGGAACGUGACAACAGACUUCUGUUUGAGACGCUGCAGAGGGAGGAGGGAAGAGGAAGAAUGACAGAUGUUAUAGAGAGAUGUAAAAGCAUGAAACAGAAAGAGGGUAAAACGAGAGGACAAUAGGGAGCCGAUACAUGAAAGUGUAUGGCCAGCUUCUUCACUUCCCUUCAUCCUUCCAUCCAUCCUUUCCUCCCUCUGUUUCUCUGAGGCUUGACUGCAGCUUUGGACCGCCAAAACCUUUUUUAUUCUCUGCUGAAAGACGCAAUUGAUCAUUUAUAUGUUCCAGAGUGUUCUAAAGCCCAAGUGUAACCCCCUUCCCUCCUCCACAUUCAUUCAUUCAUUCAUUAUUAAUUCAUCGAUCUCUAUCAACAUAAAGCUUUGAAGAAUGUUUUUCGAAGAACUGCUCCUCACAUCUCCCAUUUACUGUGGCCAUAUUUGUAGUCUUUUUUUUUCUUAUGCCUGACAUAAAUUGCACUGAUUUUGGAUCAGCCUCUACCCCAAAGCCAAACCAGAUUUUUUUUCAUAGGGGGGAACACUAAACACUGAUCACAAAAUCAGGUGCUAGGGACACAUGUACCUUCCCUGUGCAGCUGUGUUUUAUAGAUAUCAUCAUAAUUAUUGGCUUUUAAAAACUCACAUAUCUAGACAGUUUGUUCUUGAAAGACACAUCUGUUCCUCCCUUUCCCUUCUAUCCGUUUUUUUCCCGCUCUCUGUUACUUAAUCCUCGCAGACAGCACUGCACUCUCUCUUCCUGCAUCCCUGGUACAGUCAGUUUGUUCCCCGUUAUUUGUCUUCAAAUUAGACGUCUUGAUUUCCUACAACAACUAGCUAACACUACAGACACGCUCCCCAGCUGUAACCAUCAAAGAUGACUCCGAAUCUAAGACAGUCAAGCAUGGCAGUAACAAAGAUAAGACACCUUUAAUUGAAAAGCUCACACAACAGCUGCUAUAAAUAAACUUAAAUGACGUGCAAAUAAACUGAAAAACCUGAAUCAAACUAUGUAUUGCUGUAAAAUGUAUGACUUUAAACACUAUUUUAAAAUACUCUGCUAGCAAGAAAAUUGCUUCAAAGAGCACAAGAAAAAACCGAAAUGAAAAGUUUUUUACUCUUCCGCUGUACUCUAAAUGUGGAAGUGUGUGUAGAUAUAGAGGUUUCAUCUACAGGAAUUUCAGAUACAAACAGUUAAAUGUAGAUUUAAUAAAUCACAUCCUCCAAUCAUGAUACUUAAUUGUGACUCUUUGUGACUAUAUCUAAUGAACUAAACAUUGGUAUUGAAACAAGUCACACACAAAGUAUUGCUAUAGCUGCAAAUUACCAUGAUUCCUACUUUAUAUGUCCUCUCCUUGGUUCCUUAAAUGUUUCUAUCAUCUCUCAGGCAGCCACGCAAAUAUUGGACCCUCCAUGCUGUCCUCCCAUCCUUCCUCAAUCACAUUCAUCUCCCCUCCCUCAGUCUGUUUCUCCCCCUCCCUCUGUUGUUGUUGGUCUCUCUCAUCACCGCUGCCGUUUCUCAGAUUUGUACCCCUCCUUCUCCAGGAUCCUCUUCUCUCUUUGACUAUGCUGUUUACCCACAAGUGCAGAUUUCGCUCCCUCUUCCUUUUUGUAUACCUCUGUUAUCCCCCCCUCCCCUCCCCCAAUCACCUUCUCUCUCUCUCUAUCUUUACUUAACGGUCCAUCUCCCUCUCCUUCCUCAUGUGUGUACUUUAUCUGCUGCUGUACUUGUUUGCCUCCCAGCACGGAUCCUUCCUUGCUUUUCUUCUAUGUUGGACUUUGGACACUGAAACCAA